GUGGUCAGUGAGUGAACUCCCAGCCGCUCUAUAAAAGGAAACAAGUCAACGGUGGAUUCGAUCCUGGAGCAGAUGGACUGAGCAGCAGAACAGCAGCACUCGGAAGCACGAUUGAUGCAAAAUCAGCUCAAGCCAAGACCACCCAAGUGGAAAUGGUGGAAUACAAGAUGAAGAUCUUCGAACAGGAGAAUUUCCAAGGCCGGUGUGUGGAGGUGACUGGAGAGUGUAUGAACGUCUGCGACAUGGGCUUCGAGCGGGUUGGCUCAGUGCGAGUGGAUUGUGGACCUUGGGUCGUAUAUGACAAAUGCAAUUUCUCUGGUGAGAUGUUUGUAUUAGAGAAGGGUGAAUUUCCCCGAUGGGACUCCUGGUCGAGCAGCUAUCGGAAUGAAUACAUCAUGUCAUUCAGGCCUGUCUGUAUGGAUCCCCAGCAGCACAAGAUCUGUCUGUUUGAAAUGGCAGGAUUCCAGGGUCGGAAGAUGGAAAUCCUGGAUGAUGAUGUUCCAAGUCUGUCUUUGUAUGGAUUCACCAAUCGAGUGGGCAGCAUUACUGUGAGCUGUGGCACGUGGGUAGGUUACGAAUAUCCUGGUUACCGUGGAUGCCAGUUUCUUCUGGAGAAAGGCGAGUACCGACACUGGAACCAAUGGGGGGCACAUAAGCCUCGGAUCCAGUCCGUGAGGCGAAUCAGAGACCACCAUUGGCACACCCAAGGAUGUUUCACCAUCACCAACUAGUGGGUGCAGAAUAUGGGUCUUGACUGACUUGGGGCAUGGGUAACGUGGCACUCAGCAGGAAGGAGCAGAGCUGGUAGAGUGAAUUGGGAUAGAGGGUGACUGGGAGUAAAUGGGGUAUGAUAGAAUGGCAUUGGGGAAUAUGGGAGGGGAAAUGGGUAAAGUCCUGGAGUGCAGACCGGGUCUAAGGGUGAGGAUGCAGUUAAAUUGUGUGUGUUGGGUACUGGGAGAAACAGGCUCGUGGAGGCAGUCGGGGUUGAAGUUUGGACAAUGUCUGGGAGUGGUAAACAGGGUUAAAGUGUCAGGACAGGUCAUGGGGGAUAUGGGAGCAGUGUCUGGUUGUGGGGUAGGGUCUGGGCAUGAAGAUGGGUUCCAGGAAGAGGCGUAGUUGUUGGGGUUGGGAUAGGUUCUGGGGUUGGGUACAGAAUUGGGUUUGGCUACAGGUUCUGAGGGUCUUUGUACUGGGUCAAGGUGGUUAUGGGUCUGAAGGGUGGGUAUAGGAUCUGGGAGUGGGCAGAGAUUUUGGGAUGGGGAAGUGUUAGGUGUGGAGCAGGUUGUCUGGGUAGGGACAGGAUCUGGAGGUGUGGAGACAGAGUCAGGGCACUGGGUAGAGGUUCUAUGGGUUGGGGACUGGUUUUAGGGGUGACAGUAACCUCAGGGUCACUAAAAGGGAGUGGUUUCAUAUUCUAUACCUCAGGAUGAUCUGUGGGGGCUGGUGGAGGAGACGAAGUCAGGAUGCAUGAUCCCUGAGCAGAGAGGGGGAAGGUGCAGGCUGGUGUAAAAUGAAAGGACAUUUCCCUUUCUGGAGCCCAUUAAGAGUGAACAAAUCUCCACUGGCAUCAUCUCCCUGAAGUUAACUGCCUGGCUGCUUGAAGUGUGAGCUGUUGUUUUAUUCUGAAAUAAA